AUAAGCAAAGUGUUGAUCUUCUCAAAUACUUUUUAUAACAAAAAGAUAAAUUAGGGCUGCUGCGUUUCGGCGAAUUUUGGUUGCCCCUUGCUUGAACCAAAACCUGAUCUUCGAUUCGGUUGCACAGUACAAGAGGAGGAAUGGCUGGGUUUGCUGUUGUUAGUAAAGAUGAAAGAAAUAAGCAUCGCUUAUCAGUUAUGUGUCCAGUAGAGCUGUCUGUAUCUGAAAAUCUCAACGUUAAUUCCUUUAAAAAGGGUGAUACAGUUCUUGGUGGUAGUUGUGGUGGAUUGUUGUAUUUCCAUGGCGAUUAUGGCCACAGUUUCAUUUGUAACUUAAAAACUAACCAAAUGAAAGUCCUUACUCCGCCCAAUUUCUUACCCCCUCCAAAUGAGGGCUCUUUGACAUAUAGUGGUCUGGGCUAUGAUGCUAAAUCUGGAGACUUAAAGGUGAUAAGAGAAUAUGUUCAAAAUUAUAUACGUAAAGUUGAUGAUGAAACAUGUGGAGGAGAUGGCUAUCAUGGUUGCAAGUUUCACACUGAGUUGUAUUCGUCGAAAGAUGAUGAGUGGAAGAAGAUUAAGCAAGCUGUUGGUUGUCUCACCGCUGGUGUUGGUGUUUUUGUUGAGGAGACUGGGAGUUGUUAUUGGGUAGCAAUCGUUGACCCCUCGAAACGAAAGAUAAAAGAGUACCUUGAGAGGCACUCGAUUACGGACCGGUGGGCUCCUCAUGUUCUGUCAUUUGAUUUUGCUACUGAGAGCUUCAAACUCAUCCCUUUACCAGCCACAGCCACAACCAUCAGACCUAAAUUUUUACUUUGUAAGGUUGGUGGUUCGAUAGGUGCUCUUGCCUAUUGGAAGUCUUGUUCUUCUGAGUUGUGUAUUAAGGCUUUUGUAGUGGAAGGAACAUCGUGGGGUGUAUUAUGUGAUGAUAUCCCCCCACUUGCUGAUGUGGAGAGACCCUUGGGUUUAAAAGAUGAUCGCUGGUUGUUUGUUGAAGCAAAAGCGAGUGAUAGUGGGCAGCUUAUGGUUUAUGAUUUGUCUCAAAAACAGUCCAAGAAACUCAAUAUCUACGACUAUCCCGGACGCAUGCAUGGUAUUUCUUAUGACGCCGAGAGCACAGAUCCACCACUGCCACGUUCUACACCGAUAACUGAUUAUUAUCUGUCCAAGGUGAGGAGCGGUGAAGAAGAUGAAAGUUGACAACGGCAUUUAACAAGUUGAGCUCCUGCCAUCGGAAAAGAAAAGAUAUUUGAAGAAAGCCAUGCUUAUUAUUUCAUUCUUGUACUAUGAUUUUGUUUCUUAUCCUGCACCUGAAUGUUUCUGGCUGGAUAGAUCAGAAUCGACUCCCAAUAGCACUAGGGAUGGAAUACAAAAGUUACUACUCCCGUUGGAGAGCUCUCACUAAUUCUCUAUCCUACAUGACACUUCAAAAUAUUUUUGUUCCUAUUUUUCUAAAACGUUCAUUUUACCCCUUCUUAAUCUAUAUUUAAUUUUAAUCA